GAGACGUGCCGACAGCCUCCAUCAUCAGCCUCUGGAAUGUCGCUCGCCCUGGACGCUGCGGAGCUCGCCAAGCUGCCCCCGCCGGAGGUCGACUCGGUCGAGAGCUCGCCCGUCGAGAGCUGCGACGAAGAGUACGAGCGCUCCGCGGUCGCCGCGCUGAUCGUGCUCAGCAGCCUCGCCGAGCAGCACGCGACCGCGCAGGGGGUGGUGCCGUGCCGCCGCACGCCGUCGACGGAGUGGGAGUCGGCAGGCUCGCAGUCUGACUCGCCGCGCGUCGUUCGGCGCAAGCUGGGGGACGGCGGCUUCGCCCCCGGCGCACGCUUCCAGUGCCGGUAUCCGGGUUGCGGCAAGUUUUAUGCCUCGACGGAUGCCGUACGCAAGCACUGUCGGAAGCGGCACAACGAGUGGCUGGGCCAGCUUGCCCAGCUGGCAAGCCACGACCGCCAAAUGUCAAAGCCCGCGCUCUACUGCCGGUGGUCCGGCUCCGACGAGUCGGUCGUCGGCGUCGCCGCCUGA